AUGUCGAAUGAAUUUUUAGUUGAUACAAUUUAUAAUCAUGAAUAUUUGAAAAAGGUUUUAGGCUUAAUAAAAAGUAUAAAGAAAAAUAAUAAGUUUGAUUAUAUUGAAAAAAUAUAUGAGCAAUUUAAUAUAGAGGAGAACGAAGAAAUAUAUAAUAAAUUUUUCAAUGAAUUGGAAAACAUAAAUAAUAAUGGAAAUAUAAAUAGUAAUAAUAGACGACGUAACGGAAAUUAUAUAAAUAAAUAUGCCUCUAAUUAUAAUAAUGUAAACUGUUGUAACAAUAAUAAUCAUCAUUGCUCUGGAAAUCCUUCGAUUAUUCCUGAAUAUGAUAAGGAUGCUAAUAGCUAUUUAUCAAAUAAUUCUGAGGAAAUUAAUGAAUUUGAUAUAGACUCAUAUGAUUCAUCAUUUGAAAAAAAAGCCAAGGAAAAAAGAAUAUAUGUGGAUGGUAUUUUUGACCUAUCUCAUUCAGGCCAUUUCAAUGCUAUGCGACAAGCCAAAAAAUUAGGAGAUGUCGUUGUCGUUGGAAUUAAUUCAGAUGAAGAUGCUUUAAAUUCAAAAGGAGUUACUCCAAUAUAUACACAAGAAGAAAGAGGGGCAUUAAUAGCGGGUUGUAAAUGGGUUGAUGAAGUUAUUAUAGGAACAAAAUAUAAUGUAGAUAUGGAGUUAUUAAAAAAAUAUAAUUGUGAUUAUGCAGCUCAUGGUAGUGAUAUUGCGUAUGAUCGUAAUGGAGUAUGCUGCUAUGAAGAUGUGCAAAAAAAUAAUCGAUUAAAAGUAUUUGAAAGGAGUUAUGGAAUAUCGACUACAAUUAUUGUAAAUCAUUUGUUACAAAUCGUUAGUAAUGCUAAUAGAAUUGGCUCAUCUCAUAUACAUAAUCUAAAAAAUAAUACCCUAUUAGAUGUAAAGGAUGAAGAAAAAAAUAAAAAUUGUGAUGCAAAUAGUAUGGGUAGCCUUGAAAAUAUCGUUGAUAAUAUAAAUUCUACAGAAGAUAAAACAAAUUUAAAAAAUGGAAAAAAUGAUUCAAACGACAUAGAUAACAAUAAUAUCAAAAUGGUAAAAGGUGACAAAAAAAAAAACAGUGAUAUGUCAUCAAAUAUAAAAAGCUUAAUGAAUAAAAAUAAAGGCUAUAUAGCAGCUUCACAAAUAUAUUUAUUUAUGGAAAAACAUGAAAAAAAAAAACAUCAUAAAGUUGUAUAUGUAGAUGGAUCAUUUGAUAUGUUCCAUUUAGGGCAUUUAAAAAUUAUAGAAAAUGCUAAAAAAUUAGGAGAUUAUUUAUUAGUAGGAAUAUAUUCAGAUGAAACUGUUAGAAAACUCAAAGGAAAUCAUUUUCCAAUUACAUCUGUAUUAGAAAGGACCUUAACGGUUUUAGCUAUGAAAGGUGUCGACGAUGUAGUUAUUUGCGCACCAUGGGUCAUAACAGAAGGUUUUAUUAAACGCUUUCAAAUUGACACAGUUGUUAGAGGUUCUAUAUCAGAUUAUAAUUAUUCGAGUUUUGGUGCUGACCCAUAUACUAUACCUAAGAAAUUAAAUAUAUUUAAGGAAAUUCCAUCAGCAUCGGAUAUGACUACCUUUGAAAUAAUUAAUAGAAUUGAAAAAAACAAACAAUAUUUGUUGAGCAUCAUCUCAGCAAGAAAAAAGAAAGAAGAAAACAUUUGGAAAAAUAAUUCGUAUACUUUAAAAUAA